AUGGCGGAUAUGGAGGAGUUUAUCGAGUCGUUCCAGUGGACCCAGCGGACACCCAGAUGGUACGGACCACCCCGGACUCCCCAAAAUAGCCCCGAGGACCUCAGCAUCACUGGCCUUAAGUGGGCAGCUGCCUGGCAACGCUGGAGUGUACCAUCAAUAAUGUGGCGUUCUGGUGGUGGAUUGAGCAAGAACUUCAGUGGCAGUGGAUCACCAGGUAAUCCCGAGGGCUUCAACUGUCCCGCCUGUGGACGUAUCUACAAACUCAAAAGUAGUCUACGUAAUCAUCAAAAAUGGGAGUGCGGUAAAGAGCCACAAUUUCAAUGUCCCCAUUGUGUCUAUCGUGCUAAACAAAAAAUGCACAUAGCACGUCACAUGGAGCGAAUGCACAAGGAGAAAAUAUUCAAACAGGAGUUGGUCUAGAUGACAGCUCGAGGUGGGGGACAGAGCCGGUGGCUGGUCUUCCGGGCCCUCGAGUGACCCUCCAAGUCGUUGUGAUUUUUACCCAUUUUUUUUUAAACAAUUAAGAAUCAUUUUCACGACGCGAACAUUAACGAUGAUGGGAGGAUCAGCAAUGAAAGUUCGAAUUCCGUGACUGAGUGGGAGAUACUUUACGCGUAUUACUAAUUAAUUAUUAAUUAAAACGCUGAUUGUCAGCUGACAGGACGGGGGAUAGAAUUAAAACGAGUCGUGAGGUACAUUAAACCCUGAUUGGUGGGUUUCGUUUAAUUAACGCAGAUGUUAGGAUUUUUAUGGGGUAUCGUAGGGUAAGGGGGUGGAUUUCGUCGCUGGUGUACGACGCUUAAGCAGCAAAACGUCUCGUUUCAACUACGAUACGAUGACAACAAACAUUCGAGCUUGAUUUUUUUUUUAAUUGAUUAAUUUAAAUGCGAUUUUUUAAUUAAUUCGCGAUAAUGUACCGACUCAAUCUGAGAGACUAAACGCGUUGUCCUGUCUCGAUCUGGGGCUGUCCCCCAAAAAAAAAAAAUUUAACUAAAAAUUUCCAAAACGUACUAUACUAGGCUUUAAGAAUAUUUAAUACUGAAUCGUACUCUUCAACCAGAAGAUAAUAUUUGUGUUGGUCUGUGAAACUCGACAACGUCGAGAUAAAUUAUUUUAUAUAAAUUGACGAGUUAUUCCGGUGAUGACGGAUUUAUCAAACUAAUGAAUACUCGAAUGGCCUCUGGCAGGUUCUCAUAAUUCGUCCGGUCAUGUUUGUACUAUUUAGAGUAUUUGAAGUUGAUGGAGUGUUAAAGGAAAAUAGGACAGCCCUUGGUGACACAACGACCGUCCGGCCGAUGAUAAAAACAAACAUUUUAAUGUUAAAAGACACCGGAGCUCUUCCAUAGCAACCAUUCUGGUCACACUGGUUCCAUAUUUUUUAAAAAAAACGGACACGAUCGCACACGUCUGACGCCUGUGGGGACUUAACAAGUGAGAAUAACAAGAUAUUUUAUUAGAUCGACCUGAUGAUCAUUAGCGACCUGGUGCACAACAUUCCACGUACGGAAAAUUUAAUGAAAAUAUCGAGGAAAAUCGAUAGAAAUUUCUGGGAAUUUUUUACAAUUUUUUUUGGUGAAAAAAUCGAUAACUCGAAUUUCUGAAAUUCAUAAAUCGAUUUCAGAUAUUUUCUGGGGAUAUUUCUCGACUUUGAUUUUAUACUUUUUCUUGUCUAUUGAUUUUUCCUUUCGAGAGAAGGAAAAUUAAGGGAAAAAGGUUCAGUCGAGGAAUUUUUUUCUGUAAAAAAUAAACUUUUCGGUGAAUAUUUUUGGGAAAAACUGUUAGAAAUUCAGUAGAAUUUUCUAUGAUUUUUUCAGUGCGUGUCAGUAACGUACAUUGAGCAUAAACAAAUGAGUGAAUGAAUAAAAAAAUUUUUUAUAGUGACAAAGAAAUAUUUUUCAUGAAUAAUCGAAUUAAUAAUCAAAUUCCUGGAAAUUAAUGAAAAUAUUUCUUUGCUAUUAUCGAAAAAAAUAUCGAUUCUGUCCUCACUCGAUAUGUCACUCAGUGUAUUAUAGUCCAUUCCGUGUUCUCCUAAUCAUCGCCCGCCAUGUAAUAACUUUACCACAACAUUUCCAUUUUUUCUUUAGUCAAUUCAAAGUUAUUUAUAUUUUUCUCAGUUACGUGUGAACGAUUAAUAUCUCCAUUUAUCAGAGAACAUUAAUCACCGAACAGACUGCCACAAUUAACUGCAGAUUCCUACGAUGCAUUUAUGUAUAUUUAUAGAAAAUGAAAGAGCAAAGGAAUAUAUAUUAUAUAAAUACUUGUAGAUAGCGAUUUAAGGGAUUUUUUCCGUUAAGAUAUUCCUCCAGUUCACGUCUCUCCCCUCGAACUCGUGUUCGAUUAAUAAUUUUUUUUUUUAUUUAUAACGAGUAUACGAAAUAGAAAUAUUCACAGGCGCUUGAUCAGGUCGAUUUAAUAAUGAGUAUAUAUAUAACCCACCGAUUAAACUCGAAAUUUCUCAAACUGCGACACAACUGAAACUCUUUUAAUCGUAGACUCGUAUCACGGGGGUAGUUAUUGAGGGGUUGUACGACAGUUGAAAGUAACAUACUUUUAUCAUCACAUUAAACAUUGAAAGACUGAUAUUUAGAUGCAUUAAAUCAUUAUGCUACAAUUGCAAUAUCUAUUAACAAUUUUCCAUUUCUGAUUUUCGGGUUUUGCAGACGUUUUUUUUUUGGGGUUCGAAGUGAGGGGUUGAAAAAUUGGUGGAUAAUGUUGAAUAUAUUUGUUGUUUAUAUUCGAGAGUUUGAGGAAUGAAGUGGAUUUUGUUGUUUUAAAAGAAUUGGAUUUUUAAAUAUUUUUUAAUGUGAAAAAAUGAAAAGUUUUUCACGAUUUUUUUUUAUGAAAGUUUUUGUUAUUUUUUAUGGUAUGAAAAAACGUGGGGAAUGUUUCCUAUUGUGAUGUCAUGUUUAACAAUUUGUUUGUGUUAAAUAUGAACAUUUAGGGGGAAUGUUAUCAACGUUUUUUUUUAUUUUGAGAGAUGAUAAGACGUCAGUGAGUUAUCGUGUGUUAAGAUCGAUUGAACGACGAUUUUAAUAGUUUUUUACAACUCUUAUGUUUUAUUAUUAUUAAAAGACGAAGAGGAACGUUUGUUUAUCGGUGAAAAUGGAAAAAUUGAGGGGAAAAUAUGUGAAACAUUGUGUUCACAUGACAUUUUUAUUUUUCCAAACAGUAAAAAUAUUAAUUGUUUAUCAUUUUUCACGAUAGAACAAAAUAUUUCUCAUUGAAAUGUCAUAUUUCACGAUUGUUUAACGUUAAAUAUGAACAUUGAUUAGAAAAAUAUCCAGAAUUUUGUCUAUUUUAAUUGAUAAUAAGACAUCAGUGAGUUAUCACACCUUAAAAUCAAUCAAAUGACGACUUUGAUCGCCAUUUUUUAAUGAUUUGAGCUUUUUUAUUCCAAUUGUCAGUCAAAAACGUUUGUUUAUCCAUAAAAAUGGAAAAAUUCCCUGCAAAAUAUCUAAACAAAUUACCUCCACACAUUUUAGUCCUCUCAAACCAUCAAAACCCCCAAUUUUUAUCAACAAAAGAAUAAUAACUCGAGUCGAACAUUUCUUUAUCACAAAAAAACAAAAAAAUCUUCAUUCCAACGACUAAAAUUUAACGAAAAUGUGGAAUGUCAUUAUCCAAAAAUGUCAUCCUCAUCAUGUUCUAAUCUCCCCAACCGUAAAAUAUCGAUAUCUGAUCAACGAUCAGAGAAACUCACACUCAUCACAAGUCAAAUUGUUUCCACCACUAAUGACUCCCCCAUUUUCCAAAUUCAUUAUCCCAACGACUGCCUCCAACAUCGUCCACUUUGUCUUCAUUCUCGUCAGUCUCUUCGGCCAAAAAUAUCGUCUGCAUUCCCCCCCAAUCACCAAUUCUCUCCUACAACCCCUCACCACCCUCUACCACUGACUAAAAAAGAAAAUAAACUCAGGAACUCAGUGACAAAAUAAGUUCCCUCAUCAACGCCCUCAAUUGUAUUGCGGCGACAACCAGAAGCUUCACGUCUGAACUAGACGCAACAAGUAUUAUAUCAAAUAGAAGAAAGAAAUAAUCGUGAUUACUGAUCAAUCACAUUGACUAUACAUAUUAGUAGUGAUAAGUCCAAGUGAUCGUGUCCAAGUGAGAAUUUUCGAGUCAUCGAGUGUUGUUAAAAAUAAAUAAACAAUAAAAUCAGUGAGAUAUUAAUCCCAUAUUCCUACGUCAGACUAUUCACGUGCCACGAUCUGCCCGACUUUCCAUAAAACCGUAGACAAUAUUAAUGAGACAGAAGUAAAGUAACAAAUUUUAAUAAAUAAAAGUUCAUAUACUCCUUAACGGUAAGUGAUAACGCGAAUGAAAAAAAUGAAAAAAAAAUAAUUCACUUGUUUAUUUAUCAUUUUGGUUGUAGAAUCCGUCAUUUUGAGGUUAGGAACUAAUAUUUUCACGAAUACAAUGCAGAGUUCAAUGGAUUGUACCCACAAUGUUGACCCUGUCUUGCCUGAGUUUGUUUAUCACAAACAAUAUUCAAAGUGUCGAGAGAAAAAAAAAAACAUGUGGCCUUGAAACACUAGAAAUAGACGAGAUGUGAAUCACUAAAAUUAAUUAUCUGUUGGGAGAAACUCCGUCAGAUAAAUUUCAAAACAAGAGAAUCCGAUGAAGUGAUGACCUUGAAAUUAAUCAACAACUCUCGCAAUAAUAAUCGACCAAGAAAAUCACUAUCGACGAUUGGUGAAUGCUGAAUGCGAUGGAGAGUUGUCCUAAAAUUGAUAAAAACUAAAAUAUGAUGGAUAAACAAAUAAAUAAGGAAUAAUAUUAGUAACGACAGGGGGAGAUGAAUACAAAUAGCUAUUAAGUAGUUUAUACAUAAAGUUUAUAAGCAAUUAAUUACUAGAAAUGCUGACUAAGGUUUAACAACAAAAAAAUAGGAUACGAUAAUGCGGUAAUGAUAGUAUCAAAUUGACUCUGCAUUAGCUAUUUCCUUGAUAGGAUUAAUUAGAGUUUAAGUACAGCCUCACGAGGCCUUUGAUAAUAAACAUCGAUGACGGUAGAUCAUCAUCAUUAGGACACGUCUGAAUGUCAGCCCCAGGAAUUGGCAUUUUCGUAAUUAAAUGGAGAGUUAUGAUUUUCAGAGUGUCAUUAUCGUCAUCGUACGUCUGGAGAUUAUUAAAUGUAGGAAUUAAGCGCUAGAUAACUUUAAUAUUUACAUAUUAACUUUUUAUUGAUGAGGAAAUGCGCCUUAGAUCGAUGAGAGAGCGGAAGAGCGCGUGUGAGAGACGAGAAUGAUAAAGAAAAUUAAUGAAAUAGUUUCAAUGAUAAGAGACAGUCGUCACAUCACUCGGUAAAAUUUUGCAAAUAUUUAUAACAUUUAUGUUCUGCUCGACGAUUUUUGACGUUUCUCACGUGCCUCGUCAUCGGGCUUUUCCAAUUAAGAUAAUUGGGCGAUUAUUUCAAAUUAUCAUUUCAUUAAAUCGAGACAUUUUAAUUGGCUUUUUCCUAGUUCUAAUUAUUGUCGAAGGUAUCACGAGGUUUCUAAUGUAGGUCUUUCAUUCUUCUGUUGGUUGCUGAUAGAUAUUUUUUUUUUUCUCUUUUCUAAUUAGGGAUUUACUUUAAUUCGCUUUAUUAUUAUGUUUUCAGGGUUAAUUAACGGCGCAAUGUAUGUGCACUCGCUUUAUCAUUAUUGGUAAUGAAAAUUAAAGAACUUGUUGUUGUUCUUGCUCUUUCGCGGAUUCGCUCGAUUUAUUGUAUUUUGUCGAAAAUGUGCCUUUGAGGGAAAAAUUUGGCGAACAACAUUAAUGAGGUAUCGGAUUUUUUUUUUUUAAUGAGAGAAAGAAAAUAUAGAUAUAUAUAUAUGAUCCAGAAAUUUAAUGAUUUUUUUUUGGAUGAUAAAAUAUGUGAAAAAUUGAUUCGUUGUAGCUUUAUCAUUUGCAUUUAUCGAUUGGUAAUAUUUGCCACAGCUUUUUAUUCUUUCUUUCGCGCUCCAUGUAAUCGGGCUUAUAUAUUUUUGAAUUUACAUUUAUUCAUUAGAUAUUAAAUUUAAUUCAUUUAGAUUUUUAAACGACGGGUCGUCAUACAUUGAACGUCGAUAACAAAAGAAAAAUCAAAUUAUUUCUUUCUCACGAGGUUUUUUUUCUUUUCUUUAUGAUAACUUGUUUUUCUUAUUUGUUCUGGGGGGUGUCGGCUUUGAUAACGGGCUAACCGAAUGGAAAAAAUUAAAAAUGAUAAAAAAAAAAAAAUUUGAAACUCAAAAUGAACAAAAAAAAUAAUGGGAAAAUUGGUGGGAGACGAUGACGCUAUAAAGUGAUUUUCCAGACUAAAAAUUUCUGAUUAAUUUUCACUUUAAUUGUAGGACCUUUUUUUAUGAAGGACACGUCUUUCGUAAUUGCAAUUGUUUUAAAAUUCUUUCAUCGAUUACGAGAUAUAAUCUUUUAUAAAUUUAAUCGUGUAGGAAGCCUCGAUUGUGUUCCUUUAUGACACAAUGUAACAUCGUGAUAUUUAGAAGCUAAAUUUAUUUCGUAAAGAAAUGAUAAACGAGAGAAAAAAAAAAUCUAAAAAAAAAUUUUUUUAAACGACUAACAAAAUUCAUUGGGAUGAAAAUUAAAAUGGUGAAUGGAGGGGUUACGAACUUUACACACAUGCCAUCCAGGUAUUUGAAAAGUACAGUGAUUUAUUUUUGUGUACUAUAUAUUUCUAUUAAUCUAUCGUCAAACGAAAGAGACAAAAAAAAAAUUGAUAAAAAUUUCAUUUACGAUGAAAAAUUGAUUAUUGCUCCCAAUUGUUAAUGGGAAGGGGUACCACGCGUUGGCUUUGAUGAGGAAAAAAAAUUGAAUGAGUCCACUAAUUACGUGUGAAUGACGUAUGACAGUUUAGGCAAAAUUUAUUACAACUACCCAUUAGACAUUUAUAAAAUAUAUUAAAAAUAUUAUAUAAAAUUUUCUGUAUUUUUCGGCCGAACUGCGAGCAGUGUGAGCCUCUUUGUUAUAAUAAAAGAGUGGUAUUUUUUGGUAUGCAUGAACAAAAAAAAAAAUUUUUGUAUUGAAGGAAUGAGUUAAAUCGUGUGAUUAAAUUUGGAAAAUUGGAAAAAGGAGACGAGAAAUGUGUUUAAAAAAUGUAACAUAAUCUAUGACGUACUGGAAAAUAUGUGAGUAAAAACAGGGGGAAAAGAGGGAGAAAGAAGGGGAGGGAACAUACACAUCAAUUAUUAUUAUUUUAACGUUAAAAAAUCGUUCACAAACCGAUGGAAAAAUCCAAACAAGGGCAUGCGUGUCCUCUCUAAAAACAGAUUGUUAAAAUGCAAUAAUUGCAACAAUUGAGACACGAAAAAAUUUAAAAAUAAUUUCACAAUUACCAGAGGACAGUAAACAAUGUACUAAAAUGAAAAAAAUUGUGAGAAAAUGGCGUUUGAUAAUGCGUAGAUAUAAAAAACCGUGAGAAGCCUUGUGUUAAGUGCCUUGAAGUACGAUUUAGAUUUUAGGCUCUAGAACCAACCGAGAAGAAGAAAAAAAAAUUAACAAAAGUUAUAACAACGAGGCGCUGAGCUGCACUCAGCUGUGAACAGUUUUUUUUUUUAAGGUAUUAUCGUCAACCGAGUGUCAUCGAGUCAUGUUUAAAAAAAAAAUAAUCAACAAUAUCAUUCCCAGAACAUUAACAAAUACUAUCAAUCACUCAUUCGUCCAGAUAAAUCUCUCUAUCUGUGUCACGUUAAAUUAAUUUUAUGUGCAAUCAUUGUAACUCUCUCAUCGUACUCAUUUUGGCUAUUUUUAUGUGAAAAUAAAAAUUUUUUCUUGUGACAAUUGGACCCGGUGGACCCGGAUAAAUUGUUCACCAGCGAUUAAUGCCGAGCAGGUUUUCGGUUGUUCGCUCGUUCGGCUGUGCCAUUAAUUCCCUUAUAAAUUAAAAAAAAAGAGUAAAAAAAAAAUUGCCAAUAUUUUGUUAUUUAUUAUGUGGCACAAAGUAAUUAAUGGACGAGUGACUGAUUGAUUGUUCGUACGAUUAAGAAACUAGACGUCAUAGAUCUGGCUCUGGGUAUGAUCAACAAAAAAAAAAAAAUCAACUGAUAUAGCUUUCAAAUUAUUUAUCAACACUCGGUGCACAUCUCGAGACCAGUGAUAUAUAUUUUUGUUUUUUAUAAAUUAUUUAUUUACGCUGAUGACCCGUAAUCUCGUUCUACUGCCAAUGGUAAUUCUCAAUGUUUCCUUAAUUCACAUUUUAAACUUCUCACCGCACUGCCCCUAAUAUUAUUUUUAUUAUAAAUAUUUUUACGAUUACGAUUUACGAAUUAUCCCCCUCAAAUACUAGAUUUUUCACUUAUUCACCCCCCCACACCCAGCCCUCCCCCACCCACCAUCCCACCGCAAUGUGAUUCCCGUAUCAUUUCGAUGAUUUAUUUAUUUCCUGUGCUUCAAUUACUCUCUAAUAUCUACGUAAUUAAAACAUUCACGUUCAACAUUAUCAGUACAAUCGUCAUUAGGGAUUAUAGUAAUUUCUCGAGGGCUCAAAAGUGUCGUUUAAGUAUGAUUGUAUCACACUAAGCUAAUUAUUAAUGAUAAAGUUAAUGUUAAACGGCAUAUUUGUAGCUGCACAGUUAAUUAACACGAUACAUUAAGUACAAGAAACAAUUUAAUCUCCAUUUGUACAGAACAUCCAGAAAUGACUCGAAAUAUAAUGAAAAAAAAAAUAAACCGCUCAGCGCCUCAACAAACAAAUAAAAAACAAUACAAAACACGAUAGAGAGAAAAGAAAAUGAAAAAGAAAAAAAAGAGUAACUCGUAAUCAUAAUUCUUUCGCCAUGUAUUUGCCAACGAACGAUUAUUAUUUUUUUUUGUCUCCAUUUUAUAAUUAAUAUUAUUUAGAAGAAAAAAAACAACUAUUAACGAGUAUGACAUAAUCAUAAUCUUUCUAGAUUACUUUUAUUUUUGCUUCUGUUUUUUUUUUU